AUGGACCCUUUGAGUAAAGAUUACAAAGUUGUAUGGAUAAGAGAUUACUUUUGGAAAGAAGAAACAUUUACAAGAAGUGCAUCAGCUGUUGUUUCAGUGUAUAGACUAAGUACUGAUUCUUGGAGGCAUUUUGAGGACACUACAUUUUUGAGUAGUCAUAUAGUUAUGUCAUAUUUUGAUUCAUAUCUUGAUGGAUUUUAUUACUGGAAGAAAAUUGAUGCUGAACAGAACUGUGAAAUUCUUGCAUUUGAUUUUAGAAAUGAAACGUUUCAAGUUAUACAAACUCCAGAUGUGUUCAAUUCAAAUUUGGGAACACUUGGUUUGUAUGAUGGUUGUGUUUCUAUGUUCUUUCAUUUUGUUGUUCAGAGCAAAACAUGUAUUGAGAUUUGGGUGAUGGAAAGGUUUGGAUUUUGGACUAAAAGAUUGGUUCUUGAAUCACCCUUGAUAGUUGAAAGACCAAUUGGAUAUGGUGCCAAAGGGGAGAUUUUUCUUGAAACUACAUCAUCAAAUCUUACAAUGAUUGAUCCAAGAACACAAGAAAUUGCUAAGUGCACUGAACCACUGGGAAAUAAUGGCUACUCUUUGCAAGUUCUUGGGUACAAGAAGAGCUUAGUUUCCAUCAAGAAAUUGACCAGUAGUAACUUAACCAGAGGUCUGGAGUUCGAACUCUGA